GCCCGCUGCACGUGAUGGGGAUUGCUCAACGCUUUCGCCUCUGCCAAUGACUUGCCGUUGGCAGUUUCACCUUCUUCAUGAGUCAAGCCCCGCGCCAGCUCACCUCUUGUUAGCCUCCAGAGCUCAACUCAACGAAGCCUGGGAUGCUGCUUCUGUUGCGAACUGCCAGCUAGUCCAGCCACUGGUCUUCAUCUGCCUUGAUAGGCGUUCCCUUGUCGAUCCGGUGCGCCACUGACCUGCCAGGCUCCGAGGUACGAGAUGACGCGCCAUGCCAAAUCUCGGUAAUAUAGCUUGGCUCCAUGGUUCCCUCUCCACGCCAACUCCAUCUGGGAUUCACGCUAUCUGCGGAUCGCACGCCAAAAAGCCGAAAAAGCCAAAACUAGCCAAGCUUGCUUUCUCGCUUCAACCGUCAAGACACAAUCGAGACGAUUUCAAGCUUCAAGUUUUUGCUCACCAGCCCAACUCGCCCCAUCCCAUCCCAUCCCAUCCCAGAAUCAGCUCCCGAUCCUACCUCCUACCACCAAGUCUGACACCCCUCAACCUCAAACACCCGGCGCUCCAUUCCCUCCCUGAGUCCCUUCCCCACUUCACCCCGUUCACCCUGGUUCACUACGCCGCACGCCCGCUGCUUCGUCAUCUUGAGAGCCAUCCAAGUCCAACCGCCUAUUUAGGAAAUUUGACCAUCUGCGCCGGCUAUCCAACCGUUAGGAGUGCCAAGGAUCUCAAGGCAUUCGCCAAGAAUAGAUUCAAGGUCACAUUUGUGUCUCAAGCGAAUUGGAGUAGAUCGCAUAUUCAUUCAUAAAGUAUACCAGGCGCCAUUUCCGAUAUGCCCGCUGGCUUUGUUCCCCGACAAUAACGCUCGUCAUCAACAAUAUUCAACAUAAAAUCCUUCCCUCCAAAGAAAGAAAACAAUCAUCCAACGAGAUCUGUGCCACCGGGCACCCGGCCGCUACCCACGGCUUAGCAGAUCAGACAUGUAU